AUACAGGCUGGUAUGGUUCUUUGCAAUUUUUAUAUUUUAUGAAAAUAUGUGAUUAGAUUAAUCCUACUAAAAAUAUAUUAUGGCAUCACCUGCUGUUAUAGGAAAAUCAAAGCUGAAUGAAGAUGUUGAAAUUACCCAAGAAGAUCAAAAGAUGAUAAAUGACUUUGCCAACAAGAAUUCAAAGCAUAAUGAAAUCAAGGCUUUAAUUUUAUCUAAUAAGAAGCAGCUUCAAAAUUACGAAGAUGCUGGUGAUGAAAUUAUGUUAAAUGAUGAUGAAUCAGUAUCUGUUUAUAUAGGAGAAACUUUUUUCAAAAUGUCAAAGGAUGAGGCGCAGGCGUUUAUAGAUGAAGGUAAAGAAUCUAUUGAAAAAGAAAUAAAGAUACUUGCAGAGAAAGCUGAAGCAUAUGCAAUGGAGUUGAAAGAUCUAAAAAUUAAACUUUAUGCUAAAUUUGGUACUAACAUUAAUUUGGAGGAAGAGGAAGACUCUUAGAGGAAGAUUCAGAGGAUUCUUAAUUGAAUAAAUUUCAAGCAGGAGGAAGAAUACAGAAGAAGCUGAAGAAGUUUUUCUUGUGAAAAAUUCAGUUUAAGGGAUUUUUUCUUAAUUUCUUUCAUAAACACUUUUAACUAAGUGAAAAAUAUUACAUAA